AUGGCACAAGCUGGGGAUCGAAGUUUUGGUGAUCACGACCCCACCAUAGCUACACAUGAGGGACAGCUUGAUGGGAAAAGUCUGAAUGCAAAUGAAGUUUAUGCCGAUGAAUCUGGGAGGGCAUAUGAUGACGAGGAAGUUAAUAUCGAGAGAAUUGAGAAGGUUUAUAGGAAAAUUGAUCGCCGCAUUAUUCCAGCAUUCUGGGUUUUGUAUUUUCUCUGUUCGGCUAUCAGAUCUAAUGUUGGUCUUGCUCAAACUAUGAAUGCUUCAGCGGGCCAUGAUCUCGCCCAAGUUUUGAACUUGACAGCCAAACAAACUUCCACGGCUCUAGCUUUAUUCUAUGUUGCCUAUGUCGUCUUCGACUUACCUUCAAACCUGAUCAUGACAAAGCUGAGUCCAAGAGUUUGGAUGAGUCGUAUUGUUCUCGCGGUUGGUAUUAUUGGAGCUUGUUUUGCGGCUGUGAAGGCGGCUUGGAGUUUGAUGCUCCUUCGUUUCCUUCUUGGUGUAGUUACUGCGGGAAUGUGGCCGGGAAUGGCUUAUUAUCUUACGCUGUUUUAUCCACCCUCAAGAACUGGAAAGCGUAUUGGCAUGUACUUUACUGCAUCUCAGCUUUCUGCUGCUGUUGUAGGUCUUGUUUCCGCCGGUUUCCAGAAAAUGGAUGGGACCAGUGGACUUGUUGGUUUUCAAUGGAUGUUCCUGUUGUAUGGACUUUGUGGUAUUGUGCUUGGUAUCUCACUUCUUUGGUGGUUGCCAGAUCGUCCCCUUCCUCCUGGAGAAGAACGAGUCCCCACAGGUCUCGCAAGAUGGCUUCCUUCUACUCCACCAGUAUUGACUGGAGAAGAUGCCGAGAUUCAUUAUCAGGACCUGAGAAGAGUUUAUCAUCCAAGAUCAUGGGGCUGGAAAGAUCUUGCUUACGUUUUGAUUGACUGGCGUCUUUGGCCUCUUACUCUGAUGUACUUCGGCGUUGUUGGCGUGGGUAUUGGAACACAACUCUACGCUACCGUCAUUAUACAAGGAAUCGACUCCUCCUUCUCGGGCAUAACUCUUAGCUUGCUCACAGCACCCAUUUGGAUCAUGGAUCUCAUUGCAAUUCUGAUGGUCACUCCAAUCUCUGACCGUUUCCACAAGUACCGAGCUUUCUUCUUCUCCGCCGCAGUACUCAUUCAAAUUGCCGGUCUACUUACCACCACCUUUGCCCCUGUCUCUCACCCCUGGGCACGCUACGGUGGUCUCCUUAUGGUCGGAUAUGGACUUGGUCCCACAGUCCCUAUCUGCAUGACAUGGACCAAUGAGAUCUUUCAACAUCGCCACGGAGAAGUAGGCGUUGCCGCCGCAUCAGCUCUUGUAUCCGGUCUUGGCAAUCUCGGAAGUAUCACAACUACCUACGCACUCUAUACCGGAUGGCCCGAGGAUGCCAAAGCAGGACCUCAUCGCUACCGCAAGAGUAAUCUCGUUAUGAUCGGUAUUCUCUGUUUGAGUAUUCUAAGCAGCGUCAUUAUGACUGUCCUUCUCAAGAUCUUUGGCAACCCACGUAGCACCAAGAUUCAAAGCAGCGGAAGCUCAGCCAGCGACGAAUUUCAAGAUGGUGCUGCCAAGCGUGAGCAGCAACAACGUGGAUUUGCGAAGAUGUGGGGGAGAAAAUAG